GGUUUCACUUCAAUAAAUAAAAGUUGUCUUGCUGCAGAUAGAAUACCAGCUUAUCAUGGUCUGCUCAGUCUUUCAAGGUGCAAUGAAUCAAGAAGUCAUGACAAAAGGCAGUGACUGAAAAGAUGGUAUCUUGAAGGCAACAGUGGGAGUGUCUCAAAUUCUGCAAUAUAUAUCACCAACAGCUCAAGGAGCUGUUUAGGUUCAGCUGGCAAGCUGGAUUAUUGCAUGCCUCUUUGAAGUUUGUGGGGUAACGUUUCACAAUGGGCUCCAUCAGUGCAGCAAAUGCAGAAUUUUGUUUUGAUGUAUUCAAAGAGGUAAAAUUUCACCAUCCCAAUGACAACAUCUUUUACUGCCCCCUGAGCAUGAUUGCAGCCUUGGCCAUGGUCUACCUGGGAGCAAGAAAUAACACCGAGUAUCAGAUGGAGAAGGUUCUUCACUUUGAUAAAAUUGCAGGACUUGGAAGCAUCCAGACCAAGGUACAGAAAUCUAAGUGUGGAAAGUCUGUGAAUAUCCACAUACUGUUUAAAGAAAUUCUCUCUGAUAUCACUGCACCAGAAGCCAAUUAUUCACUGCACAUUGCCAACAGACUCUAUGCUGAAAAGACAAGUCAGAUCCUACCGAUCUACGUGAAAUGUGUGAAGAAACUGUACAGAUCUGGUCUAGAAAUGGUCAACUUCAAAACAGCGCCAAAUCAAGCCAGACAGCGCGUUAAUUCCUGGGUGAAAAAUCAGACAAAGGGACAGAUCCAGGAUUUCCUUGAACCAAGCUCUGUUAAUCCUCAGACUGCGCUGGUCCUUGUGAAUGCCAUUUACUUCAAAGGGAUAUGGAAGACUGCGUUUAAAGAAGAACACACUGAGGAAGUGCCCUUCAAUGUGACAGAGCAAGAGAGCAGACCUGUGCAAAUGAUGCAUCAGAACGGCACCUUCAGAGUAGCAAGAGUGGCUGAAGACAAAAUUAAGGUCCUGGAGCUUCCGUAUACCGGUGGAGAGCUGAGCCUGUGGGUGUUGCUGCCUGAUAACAUCUCUGGCCUGGCACAGCUUGAGAACAAAAUCAGUUUUGAAAAACUUGCAGAGUGGACCAGUUCCAAGGUGCUGGAAAAGAAGAGGGUGAAAGUGUACCUCCCACGCAUGAAGAUUGAGGAGAAAUAUAACCUCACAUCUGUCUUGACAUCCUUGGGUAUGACCGACCUGUUCAGCCCCUCGGCCAACCUCUCUGGCAUCUCCUCAGCACAGAGCCUGAGGGUAUCUGAGGCCAUCCACGAGGCAUACAUGGAAGUCACUGAAGAGGGCACCGAGGAGAUUGGGUCAGCAGAUGACACAGAAGACAUCCAACAUUCCUCUGAGCCUGUAGAGUUUAGGGCUGACCACCCGUUCCUUUUCUUGGUUAAACACAGUCCAAGCAACCUGAUCCUCUUCUUUGGUAGAUAUUGUUCUCCCUAAAGAGAAAAGGGCUGGAAAUAAUGCUUGCCUACCCCUAAGAAAUACACCCCCUUUACUCUAAUAUUAUAUUAUAAUCUCAUCUCUCCAAUACUUUCUGCAAGUGAAAAGGCUACUCUAAGUCAUGCCCUUUCCUGAAGCUUCCAUAACAAAGACACACCUGCAGGUGAGGAAACAACAGCAAGUAUCUUUGCUCCUUUCCCUUCUCAGACUGGUUUUGGUAUUGGUUGAGCCAAGCAAAGACUAAGACCACAGAGAAUAGAGGCCCUCACAGGCCAGGAAGGGGUCAAAUGAUUUGCACUUGAAGAAGUAGUUGCAGACAGGGCUCCAAGUCUUUGGUAUUCCAUUAUGUGGAAAGCCAUGGGCUAUGCUCCAAAACACUGGCUUUGAGAUCCCCAGUCUGGAGGAGAUGCUUGUGGACAAGAUUCUUCUGUGCAGGGUAUUAAUUGGUGCCUAUGUAAUUUUUUUUUUUUUUUACUUAUCUGUUGGGAAAUUGUGCACAUAUCUACUAUGACCAGAGCUGUCCUCUCAUCAUGAGUACCUCAUGUAAUACUGAAUUUAUUUCAGAGGUUCUCCAAAGUAAUGGAGAGUUUCUCUUCCACUUCAGAAUGUUCAAAGAGAUCUAACUUUGUCUAGGUACAGUUAUAUCUUGUCACGGAAUAUAGAUUUGAAAACUGAAACACAUCCGUGUUAUCCGUGUCAUCUGGAUAUACACAACUCAGAACUGCCAAGCAAAAGAGUUGUCUGAAUUCCUGUUUAAAACAUUCUAAGUCACUUCAUAUUUGAGGACAUUUUGAUUUUUGUGAAAAAUCCUAUAAGUGAUGUUAAAGAAUCUGAUUUCUCCAUGGGAGAUUUGUGAAAAAACACAACUUCCAAAAUAAUGCCUGUCUCUGUUGAUCUUGCUUAGCAAGUAAACUUCAAUUUGUUCCUGGAAAACUCUCAGUUGUUCAAAACUCAAGAACAUUAUUAUUCCAUGAAUGUAGCUGGUCUUCCUUGUUCCUAUGGUAGUUCAAGAGAACAUCUCUUGCUUUCAAGAAAUAAAAAGAAUUCUAAUUUUCUUUGUCUUUUGUUCCUAUGUGUCCACUAGCAUCUCCAAAUAUGGAUCUGCUGGCACAAUAUUACGACCUGUUUUCAUUUUAAUCAUAUAUUACUGUUUUUGAUGCACAUAAUUGAUUUUUUCCUUCUUAACACAAUAAAAAAAUAACAAAUUCUUGUCAUGAAAA